UUGAUGCCAAAUGGCAGGUUUGCUCGACGGUAUUUUUUUCGCUGUGACGCUCGUUGGUUUGGUGGUACUAAAUCCAUCGGAUAGCAGUUUUGUAUAUCAAAACCAGUCAUUCGGGCGGUAGAAUCCGCUUUAAUUACUGUGAAAAUGUCGUUGAAAGGCUUUUGGAGGUUUUCGGGUCAUUCAUUUUGAACGGGGCAGAGGUUGCGUCAUGCCUCAACUUGUUGACAUUCUUUUGUUUACAGUGGUAGACCCGUCAGCCUCUGGGUAUGAGCUAAGGAUCUCGCUGCUGCUUUUGAGGAGUGGGAAAGCAGUAGGCCAGAACUUAACACUGUCUUCUGGGGCAUGAUAAAACUUUUGAAACGUUGCAUUAACGCUGACGUGGCAGAAUAUGAUGAUGGAAGCUGAGUAAACUGACCUGUAGCCUGUUUACAAAAAGAGGAAACAGCAGAACAUUGUGAGAAUGGAUGGUUCCUUUGAUCUCCUUAAGUGUAAUGAGGACCUGCCUUCCUCACCUGUGUGCCACAUGGAUUAUGAUGACAUGCCAGAGCUGCAGGAGGUGGAGGAGGACCAGAGGUCUCCAGGGUUAUUUCAGGUUGGAGCAGGAGUGUCUCACCAGGAGCUCAGCUGCUCUCCCAGCACCAACUGGCUCGCAGAGCUGGCCAACAUUGCCACCAGUCCUCAGAGCCCCCUGCUGAAGGACACCCCACAUAAGAGAUCAUCUCCAGUCCACAUCUUUGGCAAUAGUAACAGUUUACAUUCCUACGCCCGGCCCCCAUUAGCCAGUAGUGCACCCAACCUGACCAGAGGCCACCUCAGGGAGCGCAGGCGUGUCAGGGCCAGCAGUGAAUCAGAGUCUGGAGUUUUUUCAAUGUCCUCUUCAUUUUCUGAUGACGAAGACAUGGCCUGGUCCCAUUCCUGGCCCUCCACAGUCUGGCAUUGCUUUCUCAAAGGAACUCGCCUGCGCUUCCAUCGAGGCCCUAAUGUGGAAUGGCAGGAGGCUGAUGAACUCGGGGAUUCAGAUGACGACUCAGAUGAUGAAACCAUGGUGCCAUUGUCCUCCUCUCUCAAGAGAUAUGGUUCAGAGGGGCUAAAGUUGGUGAGCCAUGAGGAGACCGUGUCUUUUGGCCAGGCAGUUCUUAAACUGACCUUUGACCCUGGCUCACCUGAUGACAGCCUUUUAACAGCUGAAUGCCGAUUGGAUCACCCAUUUUUUGUAAAAAAUAAAGGGUGGUCUUCGUUUUAUCCGAGCCUUACUGUGGUGCAUCAUGGGAUCCCUUGUUACGAGAUGCAGCUAGGAGAUGUGUGCCUGCCACCCAACCACCCAGAUGCCAUUAACUGUGAUGACUCAGUUGUCUUCGACACUUUCAGAAGUUAUGACUUCACCCCGCUAGAUUCCUCAGCAGUGUAUGUUCUCAGCAGCAUGGCUCGUCAGCGCAGGACCUCGCUGUCCAGUGGAGGUGCUGUUAGUCCAGACUGUGAUAAACUUGAGCGCUCCAGUUCCCCACAAUCCUUGAUUAGCAAAUCAAACAGGAGCCACACCUCAGGGACAGCCAGUGGUGCCACGCCUACAAAAUGCAAGCGGCCAAUGAAUGCCUUCAUGCUUUUUGCCAAGAAGUAUCGCGUGGAAUACACGCAGAUGUAUCCUGGAAAGGACAACAGAGCCAUUAGUGUCAUCCUGGGUGACAAGUGGAAGAAGAUGAAGAGUGAGGAGAGGAGGAUGUACACCAUGGAGGCCAAAGCUCUGGCUGAGGAGCAGAAACGACUCAAUCCAGACUGCUGGAAACGUAAAAGAAUCAACUCAGGAUCCCAGCAGACCUAGAUAAUCCCCCAAAAUCCCCAGCAGCUGGUGUUGUGCAUUGGAGAGGUGCUGGAGUCUGGUGGACCGCUUGAUGCCUCUUUGCUCUCCUGUAUUUAUGAGAUUCAACUGUGAUGCUGAAUUCACUUGCUUUUUGUAACCUUGAAUCAUUAUAGAGACAAACCAGAAUUAUGAAUUAUAAACAAAACAUGUAAUCUAGUCACUAACAGUGCAUAUAUUUUCUUAUAUCUUUGUUCCUCUGAAAUAAGAAUGAAUCCUCUCAUUUAUUUUGGAUUAUUUCAUAUUCAUGGUUGAAAAAAAAAAUGAGAGCCUGUGGUGCUAUGCUGUGUAGAAGGAGCAAAUUAAACAAGUGUGUAUUUAGAAUUGUAAAAAAGGGAAUUUCAAAUAACCUUUUCACCACUGUUCAUACUGAUAUUUGUAGCAUUCAAUAUAUUGCACAGAUUGGUAACCUUUCAUACAUUUUCUAAUACAGUAUAUAUUCUGCAGCUGAAUUAUGGACAGUAUAGUUUGUGAUACUGCUCUGCCAAGUCUUUGGUUUGUGCCCAACCACCUGGCCAUAUAAUGAGAAGCCUUUUAGCAUGUGGUGUUGGGUUUACACUCGGUCACAAAGCACUUCAGGCCUUCGCUGUAAGUGCUUAUUUUUUGCACUUUAUAUAAAUAUGUAAUCUAAUCCUAUACAGCCAUUGUAUACUGGCGGAAACCAAUUGUAUAAUACAGCUCGUAUCUUGAUAGUUUGCCGCUGACAAGUCGUGGCCCAGUAGUCAUGCUCUGCUUUCAGGUUACUUUUGAAUUUUCAGAGCUUUGUUCAUAAUGUACAGGUUUCAUAGCUCCAACAACCUCUUGCACAGAAUAUCCUUGUACCAUAUUAUAAAUAAUUUUUUAAAACUUUUAAAACAUCUUAUCCAUGUGUAUGGUUCUUUUCAUAAAU